GGACAUUAUCUAUGUCAAAGAAGAAUUUGCACAUUAUCAAUACAUUGCGAACUUAUAGUUGUGAAUACUAUUCAGCACUAUAUAUUAGAGGAUGCUGAUGAUGUCUUCAUUUACCGAAUUUAGUGCUUUGCGAACAUCACAAUCGAGCUUUGCUCGACGACCAGUCUACGAAACAAGGGGAGGCAUAACCACAAACGCUGAAUAGCAGUAUCGAUACUCAUCCAUAUCAACGGUCUCUCAAUUUCAAAAGUAAAAUCUACUUACUGUAAAGAUGUUCAAUUCACAACCACACAACCUCGCCGGCCCAAAACAAGCCUAGCGCAAGGCUGACCCGAGUUUGUCAUGUCCCCUCCUUAUCUCCAUUGAUAGAUAUCCUCUCAAAAAUGCACCAUGUCUUUUCGAUUUCACUCUCUCGAACUCCGUUUCUCUCUCACACUCGAGUUCUUUCCCUUUCCUCUAGGCCCAUAGUUUUUUCACAUUUCCGUAGGUUUUGUUCAGAUACCCAAAGUAUGUCUACAAAUGGCACAACACCCGCGGAGGGGCCAGGACCAAGGAAACUUAAGAUUUUGAUGCUGCAUGGCUACACUCAAUCCGGCCCCUCCUUCAAUUCCAAAACCAAGGCCCUGACCAAACUUCUCACACGCCAAUUCCCUCCUUCUCAUCCCGUCUACCCAGGCGGCAUCCAACUCCUCUAUCCUACCGCUCCAAUCCCCCUAUUACCAGCCGAUAUUCCCGGCUACACACCUUCUUCGGACCCAUUCUUGGCACCGACUGAUGCAUACGGAUGGUGGAAACGCGAGACCGGCGGGGCUAGAUAUGCUGGCAUUGAGAAGGGCCUCGAUACAAUCGCAACCACAAUCCGCGAAGCAGGAGGAAUUGAUGGAGUGAUUGGGUUUUCUCAAGGCGCAUGCGCCGCGUAUUUUGUGGCCAGUUUAUUAGAGGCAAAUCGCGAAAGCGCUUUUGCGCUCCAAUGCGUCAAACUCCCAUCCGAAGCAAUCCCCUACCCCUCCUCCUUUACUGCCCUGAAACAACAACUCCACCACCCUCCUCUCAAAUUCUGUAUUUCUUAUUCUGGCUUCUACGCACCUUAUGAUGGAUACAGCGCAUUUUAUAAUCCCCCUUUAAAAACACGGAUUCUGCAUGUCAUUGGGAGUUUGGAUACGGUUGUGGAAGAACAUAGGAGUAUGGCUUUGGUAGAGGCGAGUGAGGAGGAAAGCAGGGAGGUGUGCUAUCAUCCGGGGGGACAUUUUGUGCCAAUGGGAAAGGAGUUUGGUAAUGUGGCUGUAGGGUUUAUGGUCAAGUGUUUGGAUGAAAAGAAGCCAGUGGUUGAAGAGAGCGUCGAGGAUAUGGAUGUGCCAUUUUAAGGUGGAAAAAGGCUUUUGUGAAUUGGCUAAGUAUAUAUAGAUCAAUGAAGUUACAGAGCUAGAAAUAGAUAGAUGGGCA